CCCGGCACGGGGGCAAGGUCAGCAGCGACCUGGAGCCGCCGUGUCACUCCCCGACAGCCAUGAACUGCAGCGAGAGCCAGCGGCUGCGGACCCUGCUGAGCCGCCUGCUGCUCGAGCUGCACCAUCGGGGCAACGCCAGCAGCCUGGGCGCUGGCCCCGGCCCCGGCCCGAGCAUGGGCAUGGGGGUCGUGCCCGAUCCCUUCGUGGGCCGCGAGGUGACCAGCGCCAAGGGCGACGACGCUUAUCUCUACAUCCUGCUCAUCAUGAUCUUCUACGCCUGCCUGGCCGGAGGCCUCAUCCUGGCCUACACUCGCUCCCGCAAGCUCGUCGAGGCCAAGGACGAGCCGGCGCAGGCCUGCGCCCAGCACGAGUGGGUCCCGGGAGGCGCCCCGGCCGCCGCCGACGCCGAGACUGCGGCCGGCUCGCCCACGGCGGGCCGCCGUCAGCUCGACCCCUCCGGGCUGCCGGCCCCGGCUGCCGUCCAGGGCACCGAAGGGGUCUAGAACCGCAGCCCCAGCUCGAUGGCUCGCUCGCGCUCUCCUCAUCUCAUCCCUGGGCGCGGCACCGCCUUGCCGCCUUUUCCUCUCCUCCCCUCCCCAGGCUCGCCUCACCUGAGGCCCAGACAGCGCUGAGAGGCCAGGAGACCUUGUCUUGAAGGCCCUGGAAGAAGCACCAGCCUACCCGCUCCCAGCCACCCUCUCCCUCCUCUCCCCCCUCUGCCCCCACCCAACCCCCGCACAUCCCACUGCACUAAACUGCCUCUGCUCUCUUGUCUUCAGACAGCCCUGACACCACGCUCCAGCCCUCUGGGAACUGAAUCCAACACGUCCAACACUUGGCAUUGAACUGAAGCAAUGAAGUCUAUUCCAGCUCUGGGCCGUCUAACUGGCAGCUGCUCCGGGGUCUGCCAGGGACUGCUCACUCUGCAGAGCCAACGGGCUGGCUGUCAGUGCCAGGCCGGCUGUGGCAGCUCCAGCUUCCUGUUGCCUUAGGGACAGAGACAAAGACAAUGAAGAGACCUCAGACAUCUUUUCCCUCCCUCCCUCCCUCUUUCAGCCGGGAGCUAACAGGACACUGGGACCAGUCUGUGGCAUAGAAUGGACUUAAUGGGGACUGGAGGUGGAGGGGGGCUCAAAAGGGAGGGGAAGACCUGUGACCUCAACUGUAUAGUUUUCUUGCAUCCAUUUGUCAUCCCAAAGGUAACUUGCCUGAUUUUAAGUAGCUCUGCCAUCUUCUGCCAUGGGUAAACAUUGCUAAGCAUCUUACCCCAGUACUUCCAAAUGCCUCUCCUGUAUUGAUUCAGUUGUUAUGGCAGCUGUCUGUUUCAUCCGUGAAACGUGAGGCUCAGACGUCUGUAACCUGGGGAAUGACAGAGGCAGGUAAUAAAGGUCGUUUCAACAAUAA